CAUCACUUCGUUGGCAGCCACGUUGUCAUCGACGCCCACAAUGAUCCGUUCACCAACCAGCUAGAACAGUCGAGGAGCCAUUAAAGUGCCACCACUGAAGCGCUUACAUUUCGAGCAUUUGACUGGUGACGUGAAAGCGCGAGCUUCACUAAUUCGCCAACUGUGACAAUGGCAGGAAUGGCGGCAGUUGCUGUGCCUACGGCACCCAAAGCCGAGCCCGCUCCCGCAGUAUGGAAUGGAGUGCUUACCCAAGAGAAGGUGGGGCUCAUUCAGUCAUCAUACGCAAAGAUUGACGAGAAGAUCGGCGCAUUGGGCUUUGGCAAGGAGUUCUACACGGUCCUCUUCGAGAUGGCACCAGCAGCCCAGGCGCUCUUCAAGUCUGGGCGCGAGGCCCAAUCGAAGAUGUUCGCCGGUAUGCUAACCACGCUGGUUAAGAACAUUGACAACGCGGACAAAGUGGUGCCCGUCCUCCAGGCCCUCGCCACCAGGCACGUGCGGUACGGAGUCAAGGAGGCUCAUUUUCCGAUAGUCGGGGCGGGUCUCCUGGCCACUUUGGAGAAGGUGUUGGCGACCGACUUCACCCCCCCGGUCAGGGAGGCGUGGACCGAGCUUUACGGGAUCACGCAAACGGUGAUGUGGGCCAAGAUGGAGGAGGUGAUCCAGGGAAAGCCUGCAGAGUAACGCGGGCUGACGUCCGCAAGUCUAGAGGGGGAUUAUGCCGGGGCGGAUCCGGAUUGCGUAGUAUGUGUUGUUGAGGAUCAUGAAAGUUCCCACGAAGGUUCAAUUAUUCAGGGACGUUCUUGGCGAGCGCGCGCAUGAUAGGCUCUAGCUAGCAAGAUUGAAAUUAACGUACGAACCUGCAUAGGGGCCUCACCCCGCAGCCGGCUCAAGUAUUGCUUUGAUGUGUUGCAUGAUUAACCGCCUGGGAAAGGCAAGGACAUUGAGAAUUGAGCAAUCAGAUUGCCCAGCCAUGGAGCUAGCAGAAAUACAGAUUGAAGCGUGAUUUGUCAAUAGUGGCUUAACUUGAACCUGCACCAGCACGUUCGAGAUCUUUGGCUGAUAACAGCACAAUUUGCAUGGCAGACUUGAUCUGCUCCUAACGUGAGAUUGAUCGAGCUUUUCAAGGAUCGAACUAGGCAAUACUUUUCCUUGGUCGCGAUGGAUCCACGACGUAAAGACUUUUCAAUUCGAU